AUGACUGUGAUACCUUUCAAGUUGGGAGCCCCAACCCGCUCUGCAAUCGAUCUGGAAGUCGCUAGUGACAAACGGAUGAGAGAAGCUCCUCAAGUUCUUCUUGAGGACGAAAUGGACGCCAUCGACGAAAACGAUAUGGUUUACCCUGAUAUGACUGACGAUAGAGUUCUCCCGGGUAAUGACAUUAAGAGCAAGUAUGAAAAGGCUUCGUGCACUACUCUGGUACCUGCUAUGGUUGACAAGCAGAUCAAACAUCGUGGGUUCGAACACACCUGUGUACGCUAUCUGUACGAUGAGGAGGACGGUCAGUUCCGUCCGGUUGGCACUGCUGAGAAGACCCCUGAUGAAGCUCACGCUUUGCUCAAGGGUGGUUGA